ACUGACAGGAGAUAAGGCACAUGACAAACACGGAAGUGAACGCAACAAAAACAAACCCCUCGAUACUCUUCUUCUGUCGCGUGUUUUAUUUCACGUCGAUGUCGACAGCAGAGCCGAAACUAUGUCUGUGAGCGGGGACACGUGUCCUCGGACCCUCGGUGUCUUCUUGUGCUUGUUUGUCGGUGUUUUAUCCGGAGGUCCCCCGGAGACGCUGAGUCUGGACGGUAAAUGGAGUCUGUCCAACUCCAACGGUUCAGAGUCACUGGCUGCACAGGUGCCCGGAUGUGUCCUUUCAGCUCUGCAGCGACAGGGAUUCAUCCAGGACCCAUAUUUUAGGUUCAAUGAUUUGACUUAUCGUUGGAUUGCUUUCGAAAACUGGACGUACACGACCGCAUUUAACGUGUCCGGCCAGGUGAGGGACAAACAGAAGGUUCUUCUCGUCUUUGACGGCGUGGACACCGUCUCAUCUAUCCGGCUCAAUGGAGUCCCUGUGGGCAGCACGGACAACAUGUUCCGCGGAUACGACUUCUCAGUCAGAGAUGUCCUGCGGGACGGGCUUAAUGUGCUGAAGGUCAGUUUGACGUCUCCGGUUCUUUACGCAUCUGAACGGAGGGAAGCUCACUCUGCCUACAGAGUUCCUCCUGAGUGUCCUCCAGAUGUUCAGAAGGGAGCGUGUCACGUCAAUUUCAUCAGGAAAGAGCAAAGCUCUUUCAGUUGGGACUGGGGGCCUUCGUUCCCGACCAUGGGACUGUGGAAGGGAGUUCAUGUGGAGGCGUUUGACGUCCUGCAGCUCGUCCAGGUUUCCUCUGUUCCUCUGUACAACUCCAGCCUCUCUCAGUGGAGCGUCCAGGUUGAGCUUCUUGUUGAUGCAGUUCAGACAACGAACGGACAAGUGUCUCUCUCCAUACCUGAGCUGGACUCAGAGAAAAGCUUCCAGACACAGUUUGUCUCUGGAAAGACCAAGAACACCUUCAUCUUACACAUAAACACGAGCAGAGAGGUGAAGCUGUGGUGGCCUCACACACACGGUGAACAGCCCUGUUACCAGCUGAGUGUCCGAGGUUUUCAGGAUGGACUUUUAAUCCUGAAUACAACGUCCAAGGUUUAUUUUCGAACAGUGGAACUCAUCCAGGAGCCAGUCGCCGGGUCUCCAGGUCUGAGUUUUUAUUUCCUCAUCAACGGGAAACCAAUUUUCCUCAAAGGCUCCAACUGGAUCCCGGCUCACGCCUUCCAGGACCAGAUCUCCUCUGAUGUCGUCAGGAACUUGUUGCAGUCGGCAGUCGACGCCAACAUGAACACGCUCAGGGUCUGGGGAGGAGGAGUUUACGAACAGGACUCUUUCUACAGCGUCUGUGAUGAACUUGGAAUCAUGAUCUGGCAGGACUUCAUGUUUGCCUGCGCCAUGUAUCCCACUGAGGACGACUUCAUACAGACAGUCAGAGAAGAGGUCGUCCAGCAGCUUCGACGCCUCAAGUCUCACCCCGCGAUAAUAAUCUGGAGCGGUAACAAUGAAAAUGAAGCUGCUCUGGCAACGGACUGGUUCAGUAUCCCGGCUUCUCAGAGGCCCACAUACACCAGAGACUAUGUGACGCUGUACGUCAACAACAUAAGGAAGAUUGUGCAAGAAGAGGACCAGAGUCGACCGUUUCUCGUCUCCAGUCCAACGAACGGGGCUGAAUCGGAGCGGGAGGGAUGGGUGGCAGAGAACCCCUAUGACCCUCACUACGGGGACACUCAUUUCUACAGCUACCUCAGUGACUGCUGGGAUUGGCGGACUUUCCCUCGAACGCGUUUCGCCUCCGAGUACGGCUUCCAGUCCUGGCCCUCCUUCUCCACCCUGCAGCCGGUUUCCGUGAAAGAAGACUGGAGCUAUGACAGUGAUUUCACUUCCCAUCGUCAACAUCACGAGGACGGGAACCAGCAGAUGUUACAGCAGGCGGCUGUUCACUUCCACCUGCCCAACUCCACUGAUCCCCUCAAAAGAUUCACAGACACUCUGUACAUCUCUCAGGUCAUGCAGGCUCAGUGUGUGAAGACUCAGACUGAGUUUUAUCGGCGGAGUCGGACUGAGAUCGUUGAGGGCAAAGGUCACACCAUGGGCGCUCUCUACUGGCAGCUCAAUGAUAUUUGGCAGGCGCCCUCCUGGUCAUCAAUCGAGUUUGGCGGGAAGUGGAAAAUGCUUCAUUAUUUUGCACAGAGCUUCUUCGCCCCCGUCCUUCCUGUUGGUUUUGACGACGCAGACACGAUGUUCAUCUACGCCGUCUCUGACCUGAGUCACGACCUGAAGCUCAGGGUUGUGGUGACCGUGUUGUCCUGGGCUCGUCCAGAUCCUGUGUGCACACUGAAGUCCGACCCGCUCCUCGUCCCCGGAGGCAGCGCCGUGGCCGUGUUUAAACAGCCUGUUGCCGCCCUGCUGGCAGGAUGUGAACGCUGCACCCGGACCACCUGCCUGCUCACCUUCCACCUGGAGGACGACAGCGGCCGGCAGGGUCCCACCAACCACCACUUCCUGUGCUCACCCAAAGACGCUGAGGGACUCCAGAGACCAAACAUCACAGCGAAGGUGCACGAGGCUGAGUCUGUCCUCGUCGUCACCCUCCACUCUUCCUCCGUGGCUCCGUUUGUGUGGCUCGACGUGGGAAACGUCCCCGGACGCUUCAGCUCCAACGGUUUCCUGAUGGUUUCUGGGAACAUGACGGUCAGUUUUGAUGCGUGGCGUCCCACCAGUGUCUCAGAACUCUCCAGGUCCCUCACCGUCACGUCUUUGACUGACGUGUACUGAUCCGUGACCAACUCGAGUCCACGUGGAGGUUAGAACGAAGGUGAUAGAUGGGGAGGUGGUGACGUCGUGUGUCUGAACAGGCUUGUGUGUUCCCGUCGGCUUCUCACCAAACAAAAGAGACAGUAGGAAGAAACAAGUUGAUUCUGAUGCUUUCAUUCACAGAAAAACAGUCAGACAAGGGAAUGAAAUGUCAAAGUACCAAAACUGAGGCGACUGGAUGGUUCAUGACGCAGCAGAAGAUCAGAGUUUUGGCUCUAAACCAUUCAGGGCUUUAUGAAACAUUCUGAAGUCGAUUCUUCGACAGACGAUCGAGGGAAAGAUCUGUGAAUAUGAUCCACUGUCUUUUGUACUCGUGAGGACACACCAGCAGCUUUUUGAAUCAGCCGCAGCUGUUUGUUGUUGUUGUGGACAGGAAACGUUAUCUCGACUGAUCUCGAUUUAGUAGAUGACUGUUUUUUAUUAUGCACUGAAACCGUUUUCUUUUUGUUUGUUUUGCAUUUUUGCACAAUUCAGUUGUUUAACAGGGCAAAGACUCUCAGUACUUGAUGUUUUUGUAUUUGUUGUUUUACGUACCAUCCAAAGAAAUGAUUUGUUUUGAGUUUGUUUUUUGAGUUAUUGUUGCUUUUGACAUUCAAGGACUUUUCUGCUCAUAUAUCCGUCAGUGCUUUUUACUA